ACGUGGCCAGAAACCUCCUAUAAGCACCUGCCAAGUCAAUUAAGCCAAUGCCUGGGCAACGUGUGUUUCUCCUGGUCUUUCUAUUUGCCAUCAAGGGCCCUCAGAAGAAACUUUUCCUGGUGUUGCAACAUUUGAAGUGACCUGCUCAACAUCCUGCUCAGCCCCGCUGCCAGUUGAACAUGGUUGCCUCAGCGAAGGGCCACAGACUGCAGUAGAGGCAGUGGUGCAGAAGUUUCUUCCAAGGUCUCCAUUGAGAGUCAUAGCUGAGCUUCGGUCCAGGAUCUACGGUGCAGCCGAGAACCGGGUUCCAAAAUGUCUGACAGAGUAAACUCCUUGCCCUUCUUCUACGGCAACAUCACCCGAGAGGACGCGGAGGACUACCUCCGUCAGGGGGGCAUGAGCGACGGCCUGUACCUGCUACGGCAGAGCCGCAGCUACUUGGGGGGCUACGCCCUGUCGGUGUCCUUCCGGCGGGAGUGCUACCAUUACACCAUUGAGAGGGAGCUCAAUGAAAUGUACGCCAUUGCCGGCGGGAAAAGCCACCGGACCCCGGUGGACGUGAUCGACUACCACUCGCAGGAGUCCGAUGGCCUGGUGUGUCUGCUGAAGAAGCCCUGCAACAGACCCAAAGGCAUGCAACCGAAGGUGGGGCCUUUCGAGGACCUCAAGGAGAAGAUGAUCAAAGAGUACGUGCAACAGACCUGGAACCUGCAGGGGGCGGCUCUGGAGCAAGCAAUCAUUAGCCAGAGACCUCAGCUGGAGAAGCUGAUAGCCACCACAGCCCAUGAAAAGAUGCCCUGGUUCCAUCACACCAUCACGCGCGAGGACUCCGAAACACGCCUCCAGAUGGGAUCGCGUAUAAAUGGCAAAUUUCUGAUACGACAGCGGGACCUCCAUGGCUCCUACGCGCUGUGUCUCCUCCAUGGGGGCCAGGUCAUGCACUAUCGCAUCGACAAGGACAAGGCCGGCAAACUCUCCAUUCCUGACGGGAAGAAGUUUGACACCCUGUGGCAGCUGGUGGAGCACUACUCCUACAAACCAGAUGGGCUUCUACGUGUGCUGACUGAAUCAUGCCCUCGACCUGAGGGUGAAAACCGCGGCGGAAUUGGACUACAUGUUCCGAACAAUCUAUUGGAGGCGGCAGGUGGAAUGUUCUCCAGACUCAAAUCCUACACCCUGCCAAUACCUGGUCGAAAAAAGAUCCGAAGUGUCUCCGUCAACAAAACCACAGAAAUCCAAAACCCUUAUGAAACCAGAGGACCAAAUAGCCUGGUCAGCAGAGAGUCCAUGCCGAUGGACACGGAGGUGUAUGAGAGUCCGUACGCUGAUCCAGACGAGUUGAGGACCUCCACUGUAGACCGUUCACAGCUCUUCCUGGAAGACGGAGAGUUGGGCUCUGGGAAUUUCGGAACUGUCAUGAAGGGCAUCUACAAAAUGAGGAAGACGGAGAAGCCGGUGGCGGUGAAGAUCCUGAAGAACGACGACAACAACCCAGCGGUGAAGGAGGAGAUGAUGCGUGAGGCCAACGUCAUGCAACAGCUGGACAACCCCUACAUCGUCCGCAUGAUCGGCAUCUGCGAGGCUGAGAGCCUCAUGCUGGUCAUGGAACUGGCCGAACUCGGGCCGCUCCACAAGUACCUCCAGAAGCACAGGCAGAUCUCUAUGAAGAACGUCACAGAGCUGGUGCAUCAGGUUGCCAUGGGGAUGAAGUACCUGGAAGAGCAUAAUUUUGUUCACAGGGACCUGGCGGCCAGAAACGUCCUGCUGGUCACUCAGCACUAUGCCAAGAUUAGUGACUUCGGCCUGUCCAAGGCUCUCACAGAGGAGGAAAAUUAUUAUAAGGCGAAAGGUCAUGGAAAGUGGCCAGUGAAAUGGUACGCCCCCGAGUGCAUGAACUAUUUCAAGUUCUCCUGUAAGAGUGACGUGUGGAGCUUCGGGGUCCUGAUGUGGGAGGCGUAUUCACUAGGAAUGAAGCCAUACAAGGGCAUGAAAGGAAACGAGGUCAUCCAAAUGAUUGAGAGCGGCGAACGUAUGAACAGCCCUGUCAACUGUCCCCCUGAGAUGUAUGACCUCAUGAAGAAAUGCUGGACCUACAAGCCGGAUGAAAGGCCUGGGUUUUUAGUCGUUGAGUCGAGGCUUAGAGACUUCUACUAUGACAUAUCAUCGCAGUGAAAUCAUCCCAGUCAGCUGCCUUUGGAGAGAAGUGGAGGAAGGAGUUUCACUUGGGACCUCAGGGCUGGUGUUUUUCCUCUGCAAAAGUUACUUUACCGGAUAGGAUUUAAAUGCAUUUGGUUCAGUCCACGUUUUUGUUUUAAUCGUAUCUGAAAGGUGAGAUCCAAGAACUGUUUAUCACUUCUGUAAAGCCGGCUCAUGGAGAUUCCUAUCAGGUGCUAGUGUUGCGUUCUUGGCACCAGUGGCUUUUUGGAAGUAACUCUCAUUUUAAAAGUGUUAUACAGAUACAGUAUACCUUGAUUAUAAACAGUAUUUGAAGAGAGAACACAUGGUACAUUGAACACAAAUGAGUAUUAAACCUAACUAAACAAAUUGUUGUAAAUUGGGCUUAAUUUAAUUGAUUUAUUUUUAAUUGACUGGAAUUUGUCACAACUUUUGUUAACUUCACUUAAUUGACAUUUUGUGAUGCUUUUAUUCCAUGAUUCUGCUCAAAUUAUGUAUCAAAAUGCUUUUUCCUCAUCGUGUUAUAGUAAAUGCUGUAUCUGAUGUAAAUUAUUGUGUUCUGGUAUACAUUAAAUGAUGACUUAAUU